UGACAUUAUUACCUCUCUCUCUAUCACUUACUCGGUGUGGGAAUAUACGGCAAUGCAAUGUAUCGAAAAACCGCUAAACGGAGAAAUUAGUAGUAUCAGUAUUGUUGAUAAUAUAUGCCUUGCUUUGACCUUAUUUCUCUACAUCUGCUUGUUUAAAUGUGAAUUCGAGUUUUCUCUGCUGUGGUUUGAGUUUUGGUAACAAGGGCGUAAUUGUAAAGAAGAAAGUUUUUUUUUCCUUUUUUUUUUCUUCUGUCUGAAUUAACUGUAAAAUCCUGCAGCGCUAAUUUUUUUUUCUGAGCACGAAACUCUUUAAAACUAAGUUGAUGUCACGAGGUAUAAAUUUCGAGAUUUGCGUGAAUGUGUAAAUCAGAGACGUGUUGGGUUAAUCUGCCUUAAUGGGAAAAGUUGCUUAAUCAGUGUUUGACACAUGAACUUCGAUCAUCUGGCAAAAAGCUCGUUAAAUGACGAAUUUAAUACUAAAAUACUUUGAUUUUAAGUAGGCUAUUUGUGUCCAUGUAUGAUGUUGCAGCCAUUAUACAUAGCUUUUAAAGAGGUUUUUAGAAUACAGCCAAUAUAUUGGCCAUUUAGCAUACAUUUGCUAUAGCUAGUCUUUGAAAAAUGUUUUACUCGCGCAUUAUGGAGCAAAUGCUAUUUCUGUCCAAAUUGCUCUCCAUAGCCAUCAGGUGUAAUUUUCUAAUAUGAACAGAGAAAAACGAAAAGUACAAAAUCUAUAUAAAUAUGUUAAGUCUGUCACAUUCCUUUCACAAAAAAAGGAAAACGUUUCAUGUUACUAUAUUCUGAUUAAAACACUGAAAUUAUCUCAUUGGUGGAAGUUUGAAUCUAUAUAUUUAUUUAGGCCUAUUUAUUCAAAUCUGAGCAGGUUGUUUUAAAUGUCUGUUAUAUUUGAAUGCGAUUGUUCCAUUUAGAAGAGUGGUGUUUUGGCAUGAGUGAAUUAGGGGCAAAUUAUUGCCAAACCAGGCGUAAUGAUCCGCCCUACUGUACUGUGUGAAUUCCUUGUCAAGAAUAUGCCGAAAUAAUCUAGCGAAAGAUGAAGUGAAUUAAAUUUGAACAAAUAAAGCAGUGGCGGAUAAAAAAAAAAAAACGAGCUAUAGUAAAGAGUUGUGGGUGGUUAAAACGAAUCAACAGAAAGUUUCAAAGUUCUCUCAAACAGUCGCUUUGUACUGAAAUGAGUUUAACGGAAAAUAGAGCAAACCCAAAAGCGCAAUUGGGCUACUUAAAGAAAUUGGCCAAUACCUGUGUUAGCCUACUAAAAACAAAUUAAGUCUCACGAGGUGCAUAAUAAGCUAUUUUUGUCCCAAAAAACGUCUAUUUUACACACAAGUCAAUCAGAAAGAUAUAAUUAAACGUCUGUAUUCCCGCGAGCCAAUGUGAUUAUUAAAUUAAUAUUAAAUGAAUCUGUUAUCACAGAAGUGAAGUCACCUAUGUCUGAUCUUAAUUAACACUGGUGUCGGAUGGUUUGUUGUUUUUGUGUUCGGAUGAGAUUCGAUCCACUCUGACAACAGUAGCUAAUUCAAGUUCAACUUUGCGUGACAAGUCGCAUCUCUAGAGUUCUUGCCGUUUAUAAAACAGUAGCUAUUUGUUGUGUUCACUUAAGAGAAAAGCUGAUUUUUUGAUCGAUCUUCAGUCAGACUUGUACAAGCAAAAUAAAUAAUUUAUCAUAAUGAUCACACGCAUAGCCUAUAUUCACUGCUGCUUGCUUGAGUUUUCAGAAACACACUGCCAUGACUCGGUGUAUUUGUCUCCUGGUUAUAAGUCGUCGCUUGUGCUUUCACCGACAAACACUGUGUAAUUCAGCUGCCCACAGCAGCGCCGCUCCGUGUUUAUCCAGCAGCGGGGCGGAAUGAAGCCGGUAUUAUUCCAGCACUUUCUCUCCCGGGAGCUUGAACAAACCGCCAAACCUUCAACAGUAGCUUGUUAGCAGAAGUGAAGCUAAAAUAACACACACACACACUGAGGCGAACUGACGCCACCGUAUGAUUGCUGGAAAAAAGACGAAUUCAAAAUAAAGUCAAAGCCUCAGUGUUUGUAGCAGUUUUUCCUGAACAGGUUUAUCUUGUUCGUGAGGCGUUUGGGUUAUGAACAGCAAAGAGGCUGUGCGGUUAUAUCCCAUUACAACUCCAUAUUCAUAUUAUUACCCAGGUAGUAUACCUCUGCAAGAUGUCUGUUAAAGAUCGCUUGAUCUGGAAAGCAUCUGCGGUGUACAAACAUCUGACAGACGUCUGUAAGAUGUCAGUUUUACAUGCAUUCUAAAUCAUCUUAAAGACAUCUAAUAAACAUCUAUUUGACAUCUGAUAGGAAACGUCCAACAGACAUAUUGCAGAUGAGCAAACACUCUAAAAAAAUGUCUUACAGAUGUAAAUGCAGAAGACAAAUGGAUGUCUCAGUGAUGUAGGUUUUUCAGCACAUCUACAUCCUAAAGAAGACGGCGAAUGGAUUCAAUCUGAAAGAACGGAGAUCGUGUAAAAAAAAAAAAAAGCGUUCCUUGGAGGACCUAAAAUACAUAUUUAAUAAUAAUUAAAAUAUUGGCCACUUGUUUAGAGACAAAAUUCGUUUUUAGUGAAUAAACUUAUAUAAGACUUAAUAAAUAAAUAAAAAGUAAAAAAAAAAAAAAUAAUAAUAAUAAUACAGAGGCCCUGUGAGGAAAAACUAGACCUACUGCAGACACCUGUGGCCGCAGAGCGAGAAGACCGAUGUCGGCGGAGGAGCACAGUAUGUCAGAGGUGGAAAUGAGUCCCGGGGUCUCGGACGACGGUCACUCCAUGUCCCCCGGUCACUCGUCCGGUGCUCCCGGCGGGGCGGACUCCCCUCUUCCCGGUCAGGCGUCUCAGAUGCCGGGCGUCGGUGAUGAUGCGACCGGUGUCUCCGCCGGGGUGUCGGUGAAGUCCGACGAAGACGACGACCGCUUCCCUAUCGGCAUCCGCGAGGCGGUCAGUCAGGUGCUCAACGGCUACGACUGGACGCUCGUGCCGAUGCCCGUGCGCGUGAACUCGGGCAGCAAGAACAAGCCGCACGUCAAGCGGCCGAUGAACGCGUUCAUGGUGUGGGCGCAGGCCGCGCGCAGGAAACUGGCGGAUCAAUAUCCGCACCUGCAUAACGCCGAGCUCAGUAAAACACUCGGAAAACUCUGGAGGCUGCUGAAUGAGACGGAUAAGAGGCCGUUUAUCGAGGAAGCUGAGCGCUUGAGGAAGCAGCAUAAGAAAGAUUAUCCCGAGUACAAGUACCAGCCACGUCGACGCAAGAACGGCAAACCGGGCUCCAACUCCGAGGCCGACGGCCACUCUGAGGGCGAGGUCAGUCACAGCCAAUCGCAUUACAAAAGCCUGCACCUGGAGGUGGCACAUAGCGGGGCCACAGGAUCACCGUUGGGUGACGGACACCAUCCUCAUGCUACAGGUCAGAGUCACAGCCCUCCGACGCCCCCUACCACCCCUAAGACGGAAUUGCAGGGUGGUAAAUCCGGAGAGGGGAAGCGUGAGGGCGGAGCCUCCAGGAGCGGUUUGGGGGUGGGAGCAGACGGAAGCUCCGCCUCCUCAUCCGCCAGUGGAAAACCGCACAUCGAUUUCGGAAAUGUGGACAUUGGCGAGAUCAGCCAUGAUGUGAUGGCCAACAUGGAGCCAUUUGACGUGAACGAGUUUGACCAGUACCUGCCGCCCAACGGGCAUCCGCAGUCGUCGAGUGGCACCGGUGCCGGGUCUUCGGCUUCGCCGUACACUUACGGCAUCUCCAGCGCACUGGCGGCCGCUAGCGGUCACUCCACUGCCUGGCUUUCCAAGCAGCAGCUGCCUUCCCAGCAGCACUUGGGAUCAGAUGGUGGGAAAACGCAGAUUAAGAGUGAGACGCACUUCUCCAGUGACGCAGCAGCUGCGGCAAGCGGAUCGCACGUCACCUACCUGCCACACUACAGCGCCGCCUUCCCUUCGUUGGCAUCCCGUGCGCAGUUUGCCGAAUACGCCGAGCAUCAGGCUUCAGGCUCAUACUAUGCCCACUCUAGCCAGACUUCUGGCCUCUAUUCCGCCUUCUCCUACAUGGGCCCUUCGCAGAGGCCCCUGUACACCGCCAUUCCAGAUCCUGGCUCCGUGCCGCAGUCGCACAGCCCAACGCACUGGGAGCAGCCCGUAUACACCACCCUAUCUCGACCGUGAUGCAACGUUCUGGUUUCGUAUCCAGUCGCUGAAGGGUCCGACAGAAGUGUGACUGAAAAUCAUGACAAACACUCACCUGCACCACAAUCUACACAGACAGAAAUCUGAGAGAAACUUGUGUGUGUGGAGAUCUGCAGGGAACAUAUUCUCACGUGCCUCAGGCUUAUAAAACCUUCACGACCCGACACAGAUUCACUCAACGCCAGAUGAAAUGAAGGAGGCAGAAAUUUGACACCAGUGGUCCUUCAUGAGACAUAUUACCAAAGUUCUGAGACCAAAACAUUACAAAAAUCCAACAAAAAUUGGUGCAGUUUCUGAACUCUGUUUGGUUUGGCAGUAACACUCAAACCAUACAUCGACCCGCUCAACUUCACUCAAAUAUACAUACACGCAAACAAACUUACACCGAUGCUAUUAUCUGUACAUCCAUGUGUUUUUUUUUUAAUUUGUAUGAAUGAAUAAUCUCUUUUUAUUAACCAAAAUAAGGCCAUAUUGUUUUUAUCAACAAAUAAUGACGUGUUUUCGUUGUUGUAAUCUUUUCUAUUGUUGUUACUCUUGUUAUUUGUGUUGCCAUAACUACACUGAAAAGUCUUCACCACUGUCUAGUGUUUGUUAAUGACAUUUGUGUUUUAUGACUUUCAGAGUGUGUAAAUAUCAGUGCCAGGAUGCGAUAAUUACGCAUUUUUACCUAUUACUCCAAACACAUAGGCGGAGUACUGUAAUACAAUGUUUCCGUCACAUCGGAUUUAGCCUAAUUAUGAGUUUCUGGUACAUAAAUUACCUUUUUUAGAUAACACCAUCAGUGCCUCAGUCCAUCGGCUACUGUUCGUCAUCACUGAAAAAUUCGAAUUAAAUCACACGGAUCUAUUUUCAGGGUGCGAACUUUAUUAGCCGUUAGCCUAUAGGAAUAUUUGUAUGCCCACGUGACAAUUUAAUACGCGAUUUUGAAAGAGCAACGUUUUGUAUUUCGUGGAAAUAAUGUCUGUUUCAGAACAUUGCCCGGUUCAAGAUUUUAUUUUUUAACAAGAAAUAAAACAUUGCGGUAUUAUUUCGUAAAGACAGUCUGUUACUGUAAACUUUUAGUUAUUCAAUGUUUUCUUCCCUUUGGUACUUUUAUAGUUUUCGCCCUCUUUAUUAGUAUUAUUCAGAAACAACAAACAAACGGCUUUCUUGUUAUAUAUUACAGAAUAUUAUUUAUAUUUGUUGUUUUUGUUCGUUAUUUUUUAUCAGUAGCGUUUUAUUCUGAUGUUGGAAACUUUGUGUAAUUUUGUGGUGGGUAAAAGUGUUGUUGUUUUUCUUUAUCAGUGUAAAUAGAAGAGAGCAGUGACUAACUUCCCUCACUUUAAAUAAAGCUGCAGUCUGUACAAUC